GCCUGGCGGCCAGAGCAGCUGCAGUUCAGGACGCAGUCGGUGCUAGCGGAGCCGCUGGUGCCUGCCCGGAGCAUGUCCUGAGCGCUGCCCGCGGCCGACUGAGGCCAGGCACCAAGACAGGGGCUCCCCGGCCGCAGGCCUGGGUCGGGGUCAGGGUGCAGUCUUGCUGCUGACCUGACCCUCCUGGAGAAGUGACCCCUGAGACCAGUCACUGAGCAGGGGGCGGCCUCCGUCUAUGACUUGGUCUGGCCGAGGGGACGAGCUCUGCGGGGCAGCCUGGGUCUCCUUGCGGUGACAGCAGGCGGCUCCUCGGGCACCACGGCGAAUGCGGGGAGCUGAGAAGACAGGUACUUCUGGCGACUCAGUGGGGACACUCAGGUCAGAAUGGAGAACAAAGCCAUGUACCUGCACACUGUGAGUGAUCGUGACACCAGCUCCAUCUUUGAGGAGCCCUUUGAUGGCAGGAGCCUGUCCAAGCUGAACCUGUGUGAGGAUGGUCCAGGCCACAAACGGCGAGCAGGAGGCUGCUGCACUCAGCUGGGCUCCCUGUCAGCCCUGAAGCAUGCUGUCCUCGGGCUCUACCUGCUGGUCUUCCUGAUUCUUGUGGGCAUCUUCAUCUUAGCAGUGUCCAGGCCCCGGAGCUCCCCCGACGACCUGAAGGCGCUGACUCGGAACGUGAAUCGGCUGAACGAGAGCUUCCGGGACUUGCAGCUGCGGCUGCUGCAGGCUCCGCUGCAGGCGGACCUGACGGAGCAGGUGUGGAAGGUGCAGGAUGCGCUGCAGAACCAGUCGGACUCGCUGCUGGCGCUGGCGGGGGCGGUGCAGCGGCUGGAGGGCGCGCUCUGGGGGCUGCAGGCGCAGGCGGCGCAGGCCGAGCAGGCGGUGGCCCUGCUGCGCGACCGCACGGGCCAGCAGAGCGACGCGGCGCAGCUGGAGCUCUACCAGCUGCAGGUAGAGAGCAACCGCACCCAGCUGCUGCUGCGGCGCCACGCCGGCCUGCUCGACGGGCUGGCGCGCAGGGUGGGCGUCCUGGGCGAGGAGCUGGCCGACGUGGGCGGCGCGCUGCGCGGCCUCAACCACAGCCUGUCCUACGACGUGGCCCUGCACAGCACGCGGCUGCAGGACCUGCAGGUGCUGGUGAGCAACGCCAGCGAGGACGCGCGCCGCAUGCGGCUGGUGCACAUGGGCAUGGAGCUGCAGCUCAAGCAGGAGCUGGCCGUGCUCAACACGGUCACCGAGGACCUGCGCCUCAAGGACUGGGAGCAUUCCAUCGCGCUGAGGAACAUCUCCCUCGCCAAAGGACCACCGGGCCCCAAAGGUGAUCCAGGAGAUGAAGGGAAGAAAGGCGAGCCUGGGAUCCCUGGAUUACCUGGACUUCGAGGCCUGCCAGGGGAGAGAGGCACCCCAGGACUGCCAGGCCCCAAGGGCGAUGAGGGGAACAUGGGAGCCACAGGACCAAUGGGCAUACGUGGGUUCAAAGGUGACCGAGGCCCAAAAGGAGAGAAAGGAGACAAAGGGGACAGAGCAGGGGAUGCGGCAGGUAGCGUGGAGGCCGUGAUGAUCCGCCUGGUGAAUGGCUCCGGGCCACACGAGGGCCGCGUGGAGGUGUACCACGAGCGGCGCUGGGGCACCGUGUGUGACGACGGCUGGGACAAGAAGGAUGGCGACGUGGUGUGCCGCAUGCUGGGCUUCCGUGGUGUGGAGGAGGUGUACCGGACAGCUCGAUUUGGGCAAGGCACAGGGAGAAUUUGGAUGGAUGAUGUCGCCUGCAAGGGCACAGAAGAUACCAUUUUCCGCUGCAGCUUCUCCAAAUGGGGGGUGACAAACUGUGGGCACGCUGAGGAUGCUGGCGUGACGUGCAACAGACACUGAGAGUGGGCACAGUCCACAGUCCACAGUCCAGACCCUGCCGCCGAGCCUCCUUUCUGCAUUCCUGGGGUGGGGGCAUCACUUGGGACCUUGCCUCUGCCCUGCUCAGUCCAGCACCUCCCUAGCCCCAAAUCCCUGUCCCAGGCCCAUAGUGGCCUGUCGUCAUUCUCCUCUUGGACAUCAGCUCCAAAGUGCAACUCUGGGAUCUACUGCCUGUCUCUCCCUUCUACCAGGGGUCCUGCAUGUGAAGCCCUGGUCAACUGGAUCGUCAUUUUGCUCAGCCUUCUAAAUACCACGCAUCAGGACUCUAUAUCCAUGCUCCCCUUUGGUCUGUCAGUUAAAUGCUGAGAGUAUGCUGGAGAGAAAUGCAGCAGGUGGAGAUGAGAGGGAGGCCCGACAGGUCAUUUACUCUUCAGAUAAUUCCCUUAGUUAGGCCAUGAGUUUUGACAUCUUCCUUCCCAGCAAACGAUUCAUUCUUCCCUCUUUGCCUCUGUACACCAUUUGUUAAUUCGGAGAAGUGAUAUAGAGGAUGGGCCAGCUGUAGGAAUGAGAGGGAAAUGCACAUCACCUGCAGGAGACAGCCUGGGUUUGGAGAAGGGGAGCAAAGCUGACAUUCAUUAAGUGACUACCGUGUGUACUACGUAGCAUCUUGGCUGCUAAAUUCAUUUAUCUACUUUGCAGCACUCCUACAAGGCUUGCUAGCUUGGGUAAGACCUUACCUCUAGAUAGCACUCAGCUGACCCAUUCACCUGGCCAGAAAGCCAGAAGACUGAGAAUGACUGUAACCAUUUUUUUCUACCUGAAUCCUAGCAUGUCUUUACUACACUUGGGCAGGGAGCUCAGGUACAAAACAUGUGGGAUUACAAGAUUCCAUACUUCAAACCUACAGAGUAUAAGAUCAGAUAUGGACUGGCUUCCAGGCCAACCACCCAUAUUGGAGGAAAGCUGAUUUGGAGGAUGACAAGGGGUCUGUCCGGUGAGACUGAGACCAACACUCAGUCACCUGGCAGUCAGGGUUAAAACCAAGUGACUUGUGUCUCAGAGCUGUUUGAAGGUGAUGAUAUUGAACCUUCCAGGCCUCUUUGGGUGUGCUCCUGUGAUCAGAACACAUGUCCUGAUGGAUCCUGUAUGGAAGUGAGGAUUCCCUAUAACCUCUAGCAGAAGAAGGAGCCACAAGGCUCUGCCAGUCCUCAAUCUACACCCUUCUCCUAGCAACAGGGGGAUCAUAUUCAGCUUUUGACAUGAGGAGGAAGUCAAACCAGACCAUAUACAUGUUCUAGGACUGGGGAAAGUACGUGGUAGAAAGUGAGCACAGACUUACCUCCUUUGGGGGAGUCACAGACUGAGUCAGGCCUUGGAUACACAAAUUCCUGUUACAUGGGGGUGAGCAUCGGCUUAGCUGGGGGAAGUGACACCUGGGACCCUCCAGGUACAGGACCAGCAAAGCUCCUGGCUGACAACUAAACCAAUAUGUACUAUUGGUGUUUUUUUGCUUACAAUAUGCUUGUUAUCCAUUAAUGUCCUAAAGAUCAGAGACUCUCCUGAUCAAUUGCUAUGUUUACAUAACACGCAUGUACUCAUGCAUCUUUUCCCAGAACCAAUAUAUGUAUGCAUAUAUAAACAUGGCACUCUUUACUACAUAGCUCAGAGCAUUACAAAGUUUGCAUUAAAAAAAGAAAUAGUGAAGGUGAGAGAUGUCACACUGAAGGAAAUAAAUUCCGAGUCAGUUCUGGCAAAGAAUCCAGUUAUCCCAUUGAUGGAGACCCACAUAACUUUCUUACUUGGUCUUUUCACAAGUCUUGUUUUACAUCAAAUAAAAAUCACAAUGAUAAGUGUUUGAACCUUAAUCAAAAAGUCUACUAGUUUACAUAUUAAGAGGACAUGGAAAUAACCAUGGACCUGGAUUUCAGGGACUAAAGGAAAUUAGGCCUGGCCUAAAAUACAUCAGACCUUUUGUAAGAAAGAAUUUCAAUAAAGCUAAAAACAUGUCACUAACAA